AUGCGGGCGCUCGCCUGGCUGCCCUGCCUCCAUGUCUCCCCCUUCGCGCCGCAGGAGGCGGUGCGUUCGUCCCGUGGGAGCUCCGCCACGCACCGGGCUCGGUCCGCCUGCUCGCCGCCAACAGCGUCGUCCUCGCAACGCACUGUUCCAGGGGCAUCCCGGAGGCGCCGGGCGGGAGGUGCGCUCAGCGCACGAAGACCGCACGGCAGAGGCGUCCGCUCAGGCGUCUCGUAUGGUGCCCCGCGCCUCUCCCUUGGCGCCUCGCUUCGUGCGGGCGACGUCCGCGAUGGCGCGGACAUCGCAUCCGCUGCUGAGCGCUCCACCGGUCCCGCCCGGCCAUGCGGUUGCCGUUCUCGGGUGCGGCCGGAGCCGUGGAUGUUUCCGUGGGCCGCCCCGCGACAGUGCCGUCGUCGGCGAGCCAUUUCCGAGGCCGGCGGCUGGCCUCCUCAGUUCCUCUGUUCCGUGCGCUCUGUCCCUGGGAAGAAGGAAGGUGAGAAGGUCGGGGAGUUGCUCGCCUCUGUCAUCCUGAAGGAGGUUUUCGGCAAGCUGAAUAAGGUCACCCUUGACGCCGCCUGGAAAGAGAUUGCUUUGCAGCUGAAUUUCAGUAAAGAUUUAGAGAGCAUCAAGGACAAUCGGUCCUUCGUUAAAUCUUUCCUCAAGGACGCGGAGAGGCAGUCGUCAAAGCGUGAGAGCGUCCAUCACACGCUCAAGAAGCUCAAGGCUGCGGCUUAUGACUUGGAGGAUAUGCUGCUUCUCUUCGAGUCGUUGACAACGGCCAAGGCCUCCGCAAAACUAAAAAGGUUGAAGAUGCCUCAUAAAGUGAAAAGGAUGAGGGAAACGAUAGAGGAGAUAGUAGAUCAUCAGAGCAAAUUCAACUUCAUACAGCACCCUAGCACGGAUCCGGAUGAUGAGGAAGUCAUCAAGAAUAAUCGGAAAACCACAUCGUUUAACAGUGAAAUUACCGUUGGGAGGAUCAAUGAGAAAGAAAGCAUUAUCAGUUUGCUUUUUACAGAUGGAGAACCAUCCAUCGUUCCUAUUUAUGGUAUUGGAGGAGUAGGUAAAACUACCCUUGCGCAAUUGGUCUACAACGAUGCUAGAACCAAGGAUUUUUUUUAUGUUCAAGCAUGGGUCUAUGUGUCAGUAAAAUUUGAUUUGUUUUCCAUCGGUACAUCUAUUAUCUCCCAACUGGAUAACUCAAGUGGCUCUAACAAUGGUUCUGAUUUACAGUCUGUCCUAAACAAUCUGAGCACUAUUAUCAACAAUAAGCGAUUUCUUCUUGUUCUAGAUGACAUCUGGAAAGAAGGACCAUUAAAGUUGGAAAAAAUAAUGACACUGUUGCUAGGUAGCAAAAAAGGCAGCAAGAUUCUAGCAACUACACGUUUAGAAAAAAUUGCUAAGCAUUUGAAUAGAACUUCGGCAAUAAAUUUAGAUGUUCUGUCCAAUAAUUACUGUUGGGAGUUGUUCCGAGCAAAGGCACUUCCACAUGGCUUGGUGGAUAAAGAUAAGGAAAAUAUUGGAAGAGCCAUAGUUGAGAAAUGCAAAGGAAUACCACUAGCAGUAAAAUCUCUAGGAUACCUUUGUCGGAACAGUAAUCAAUGGGAAGCUAUCCGGGAUAGUGACAUCUGGGCAGAAGAUGGAGACGAUGGACGAUUAUUGGUAGACACGGAAGUGCUGCCAUCACUGAAGCUUAGUUAUCAAUACAUGCCUAAUUAUCUCAAGUCCUGUUUUGCAUAUUGCACUGUUUUUCCUAAAGGCAGCCAUAUAGAGAAGAGCAGCUUGAUUCAGCAGUGGAUUGCUCUUGGAUUUGUUCGGCUCACUGGCCAGUCGUUCACAGCGCAACAAGUCGGAGAAAGAUACUUUCAGGAGCUUCUUGAGAUGUCAUUUCUUCAAGAUGUAGCUGGAAUGUCUCCAACUCAACAUAGAUUGCAUGGAGCAGUAGAUUAA